UGAUAAAAUGCUAAACAAUUGUCAUAUCAUUACUAAAUCUGAUGAUUAUUUUCACUGUUUUUGGCCUAAAUGUCAAUUCAAGACAUUAAGGAAAGAUCAUUUAAUUAACCAUCAAAUGAUUCAUUCAGAAAAACGAUUUAACUGUGAUUUUAAUAAUUGCUAUAAAAGUUUUAAACACAAAUCAGAUUUAAUUAAACACAAAAAUAGAAUUCAUUUGAAUCGUCGUAAAGAAAUGCACUGUUUUUGGCCUAAAUGUCAAUACAAAACACACGACAGCAGACAUUUCAAUAAUCAUCAAUCAAUUCAUUUAAAUGUGAAACAAUUUAAAUGUGAUUUUAAUAAUUGUAAUAAAAGUUUUAAACAAAGAUCACAAUUAAUUACUCAUCAAAAUAAUAUUCAUUUAAACGUAAGAUUUAUUUGUGAUUUCAAUGAAUGCCACAAAAGUUUUACAACAAAACACUCGUUAUUUUAUCACAAAAGUUGUGUUCAUUUGAAAGAAAAAAAAUUCAAAUGUAAUGAAAAAAAUUGUGGCAAAAUAUUUUCAUCAAAUCAGACUUUACUUCAACACAAACUCAUCCAUUCGGGAGAAAAACCAUUUAUUUGUGAUUUUAUGAAUUGUAACAAAAGUUUUAGAAAAAGAAAUAAAUUAAUGGAUCACAACAUUAUUCAUACAAAUGAUUAUAAGACAAGAAAUAAGUGGAGUUUUAAAACACAUGAAUUAAAUCAUUCAGAAUCACUUCUCACACAACACAAACGCAUACAUUCGGGAGAAAAACCAUUUGUUUGUCAUUUCAAUGAUUGUUGCAAAAGCUUUAGUAUAAAAUCUAAUUUAACAGAACAUUUAAAAAGACAUAAUAAUAUAAAACUUCAUAAAUGUAUUCAUAAUAACUGUAAUCAACGCUUUGUUACGAAAGCGGAAUUAAAUAAACAUUUUAAUUAUAAUCAUAUUCUGGGAAAUAAA